CACAACGACGACGUCGAUGAUAUCGCCGACGUGAAAAAGGCGAAUACUGUAACUUGCUCGGAGAAGUUGUUCAGACUUUAGCCGACGCUUUUUAGAAGAAAAGUGUUGUACUUUAUUACGAAAUUCAAUGUAAAGAAUGUCUCAACGAUUUACUGUAACCCGACCAAAUAUACAAGCUGACAACGAGCAUGAGGUAGAAAUCGUAGGGGGUAAAACCACAUCUAUUCAAGCAGAGAACGACCCCGCUGGAGGAGGUGCGUCAGCGAAGAAUGGCAAAAAAUACACAAGGUUGAUUGACAGUCGUGGCGGCGAUUUUUACGGUAGUUUUGCUGGCUACAGUGAGGAGGGUGCCCCCUUUGUGAAUGAUGCAGAAAAAGGUGUCACUAACGACGGCAAUUUGGCCCUCUAUGAGGAUGAUUUUAAGCACAGGCCGAAAAUAUCCUCAUUACUGAAUACAUUGGCCAAUUACAAGACACUGCCAGAGCAUACCCAAGAGCCAGAAGGCAGAGACAAGCAAGUAAAGAAUGCAGCACCUCAGAUGGGAACUUUGAUGGGUGUAUACCUACCUUGUCUGCAAAACAUUCUCGGCGUUAUCUUGUUUAUCCGUUUAACAUGGAUUGUAGGCAAUGCUGGAGCACUUGAAAGUUUCUUCAUUAUACUCAUUUCAUGUGCAACCACUUCUUUAACUGCCAUCUCAAUGAGUGCGAUAGCAACAAAUGGUGUUGUUCCAGCUGGAGGUUCGUAUUUUAUGAUCUCCAGAGCUCUAGGACCCGAGUUCGGUGGCGCUGUUGGUGUCCUUUUCUAUCUUGGUACAACAUUUGCUUCCUCCAUGUAUAUUCUUGGUGCCAUUGAGAUCUUGCUUAUAUACAUAGCUCCUCCAAUCGCAAUUUUUGAUGAAGAUGGAAGUGGAACUACGAGUAAUUCACCAGACAUGUUGAACAACAUGCGAGUCUAUGGAACAGUCAUUUUAUUGAUUCUCUCGCUUCUUGUAUUUGUCGGUGUCAAGUAUGUGAACAAGUGUGCCCUCUUGUUUCUUUUCUGCGUUAUUGUCUCCAUCUGUUGUAUAUACAUCGGUGUCUUUGUACCCAACGAUUUGCAGUUUUGUUGUUUAGAUGGCAAUAUAUCUUUGACUACUGAAUAUCGAUCUGUUGAAGAAUGUACGUUUUAUGUACAAGGAAACACAUCUCACCUUAGUGACCUUGGAAUGACUUUCUGCGAUGCAAAUGAUGUAGUUGGCGAUGAAUGUUCCAGUUUCCUAAAGAAGCAUUAUGUCAACAUGACAGAUGCAAUACCAGGUCUUGGAAAUGGAUUAUUCAAAGAAAAUUUGAAGAAUUUAUACCGAGCAGGUGGAGAGGUGUUACCACGACAACUUCCAAAUGGCGGUGGGUCGGAAGUAGUGGCUGACAUUACAACAUCUUUUACUAUACUCCUAGCCAUCUUCUUCCCAUCAGUAACUGGUAUAAUGGCGGGAAGCAACAGGUCAGGUGAUCUCAAAGAUGCGCAGUUUUCAAUUCCACGUGGUACACUUGGAGCCAUCUUUACCACCAGUUUCAUCUAUAUGACAUGUGUGCUCUUCUUUGCUGGUGCGGUAAGAGGAGAAAUCCUUCGAGAUAAAUUCGGUGAAAGUAUAGAUGGCAGACUUCUUGUAGCCAACAUAGCGUGGCCUUCAGAAUGGGUCAUUUUGAUUGGUUCGUUCUUAUCCACCAUUGGAGCUGGACUUCAAAGUUUGACCGGAGCCCCUCGGUUACUGCAGGCUAUUGCUAAAGAUAACAUCAUUCCAUUCCUAUCUGUGUUCGGUAAAGGCUCAGCGACAGGUGAACCCACUUGGGCUCUACUUUUGACGGUUGCUAUCUCCGAACUCGGAAUUGUUAUCGCAAAGCUUGACUCAGUUGCUCCUAUAAUCACAAUGUUUUUCUUGAUGUGUUACAUGUUCGUGAACCUAGCGUGCGCACUGCAAACGUUGUUGAAGACACCUAACUGGCGCCCUCGUUUUAAGUACUACCAUUGGUUGCUGUCGUUCAUCGGCAUGAUUAUGUGUGUGUCUCUGAUGUUUAUAUCUAGUUGGUAUUAUGCCCUGGCAGCAAUGGCGCUAGCUGGGUGCAUAUAUAAGUACAUUGAAUACAGAGGGGCUGAAAAGGAGUGGGGAGAUGGUCUGCGUGGUUUGUCAUUACAAGCAGCAAGAUAUAGCUUACUAAGGCUGGAGGAAGGCCCACCACACACAAAAAAUUGGAGGCCUCAGGUCUUAGUUCUUUGCAAGAUGGAUGAGAAUCUAAUUCCUAAACAUCGCAAGCUGUUAAGUUUUGCCAGCCAGUUAAAAGCAGGUCGUGGUUUGACCCUCGUCAGUUCCGUCAUUCCAGGUGAUUAUGCUGCUAAAUACCCAGAAAGCCAAGCAGCUGCACAGGAACUGAAAAAAGUGAUGAUAGAAGAAAAAGUAAAAGGGUUUCACCAGCUUCUCAUUGCUAAAGAUGUCAGCGAGGGUAUAUCUGCAUGUGUGCAGAUGUCUGGUUUAGGUGGACUACAACACAACACUGUAAUUGCCGGGUGGCCCUACGGCUGGCGACAGUCUACUGAUGAAAGAUCAUUUAGAGUUUUUCUUGAUAUUGUACGUAAUGUAUCAGCAAUGCAUAACGCUCUGCUUGUGCCAAAGAACAUCAUGCUGUUCCCAAGCAACGACCAGAAGCUGGAAGGCGGUAGCAUAGAUGUGUGGUGGAUAGUCCAUGAUGGUGGAAUGUUGAUGUUGUUGCCAUUUCUUCUGCGACAGCACAAAACCUGGAGGAAUUGUACAAUGAAGAUCUACACUGUAGCACAAAUGGAAGAUAAUAGUAUACAGAUGAAGAAAGAUUUGAAGACAUUCCUUUAUCAUUUGAGAAUUGAUGCUGAGAUUGAAGUUGUUGAGUUGCCUGGUUGUGACAUCUCGGCUUACACCUAUGAGAGAACGCUAUUGAUGGAGCAGAGGAACCAACUGUUACGACAGAUGAAACUUACUCGUAAAGAAAGCUUAUAUGAUGCCCAAGGUAUUGUUGACCUCCAUCAUAUUCCACGUAGCGAACAUGAGAAUGAGCCUGUUGAAAGAACAACAGAACGCAAGGUUCGGUUUGCACGUCAAGAAUCGUCACCAUUUGAUGAUCCUGAAAACGAGGAAGUGUUGAAGGUUACCGAGUUAGCUGAUAUUAGUGAGGUCGCUGAACCAGACUCUGUUAACUUGAUAGACACAGAACCAGAGGAAGCGACUCCUAGUACUACGGAUGGAUUAUUAAAUAUCACACCAUCGGAUCGGAAUGUGAGAAGGAUGCAUACAGCCGUGCGAUUGAAUGAGAUCAUUGUGGAGAAGUCGCACAAGGCCCAGCUUGUUAUAUUGAAUUUGCCAGGACCACCAAAGCUUCAACGUAAAGAACAAAACUAUAUGGAAUACCUUGAAGUUUUAACCGAGGGUCUUGAGCGUGUUUUAAUGGUACGCGGAGGAGGUCGUGAAGUUAUUACCAUCUAUUCCUAAAAAGCCAUUCAUAUCCACCGAGUGUUCAAUCAUUUUAAUACUUCAACUCAGGACCAUCAAAUUUCCAAAUGCAUGGAAUGAACUAUUCCCCUGAUCCCUUGUAUUUUUGCAACAUGCACUGUAUUUUAAACAAACUUUUACCUUGCAUGUAUAAACUGUAUUUUAUUGUUGAUAAUAUCAGUUGUCCAGUUGGAAAUUCAUCCUUAUUGUACUAAUACUGUACACUCUUUCUGGUAUCUGUGUUGUCCAGUACAGUACUUAAUUAAAUCUUUACAAUUUUUCAUUCCAUGGCCUGUAUCAGAUCAUAUUUUUCAAAAGUAAAAACUCAACUACCUUACAUUCAUAUAUGCAAUUGAUCACUGGCAGCUGGUGGCCACUGAUAUGAGUUGGCGUGGUUGGGCAUCGCUCAAAAUAUCCCGAAAGCACCCAAAACUCUUGACAAUUUUGGGGUUUCAAAAGGCUUACUCUAUUGAUUUUAGAGUCUACUAAUAUGUAGAAAAUACAUAUAAUUUCUUUUUCUCCCCAACGGUGGGCUCUGUCCCCCCUGGCGCCACCCCUGGUCACUGGUUGAUAUCAGGUGGCCACUGAUACCAGAUGGCUGUUGAUAACAGGUGGCCCCUGGUUACAAGUGGUUUGUUGAUCACAUGAGCCACUGACACCAGGUGACCAUUUAUUGGUUAUGGCUACUGAAAGCAUGUGGAUAUUAUUAACAUGUGGUCACUGGUUGAUAUCAGGUGGCCACGGAUAGCAGAUGGCUGUUAAUAACAGGUGGCCCCUGAUGUUGAUAACAUGAGCCACUGAUAAUAAUAAUAAUAUGUCGUUCUUUUAUAGCGCUAAAAUACCAGGUGACCAAUUAUUGGUUAUGGCUACUGAAAACAUGAUUAAUAGCACUGUUGUGCUAGAAAAGCUAUGUCUGUUAGGUAGGAUAUAGAGCUGUAUCCAGGAUUGCCAUUAGGAGGGUAUAUGGGUGCACAAAUAUGUGUCAAAGCCAUUGGAUUGCAGCUUAGGUAUUGCAGGGGUUCUGAGGGCUUUUAAAAGUCAUUAUGUCUGUCUUAAGUUGUUAGCUUGCGAUAGACUGAUUAAUCAGUGUAGUAAAUCAAAAUGCUAUGAUAGAGCAUAGGGAAUUUUUAUGCCUCCAGCUGCAGUGUAUAUGUAUUUCUAUACAAUAUAGAAUUGACCAAUUGCCAGACUAAAGUUUAAAUAUAUU